CCCACCUUUGGAAGGCAUUUUCUACAUACAAAGACAAAGAAAAGCUACUGAAGAGGAGAACACGUCUCUCUCUCUCUCGACCCCUCUUUGAAUUCUAUACAGUGAGAAGGAAAAAACCCAGAAAAGAAAAAUUUUCUUGGAAACUCAAGCUUUUGAAGAAAAGAUCAGAUUUUUCAUCUGGGUUUUUUUUUAUUCUUGAGUUUGUGAAGGAAAAAAGUCAGAUUUUUCGAUCUGUGUUUCAUUUCAUUAUCAGAGUUAUUGGGGGCUUUUUAUCUGGAUCAAGGAAAAAUAUUAUAUAUUUUUUGGGGUGUUUUGAGUAAAAAGAUCAGAUUUUUUUCAUCUUUGGUUGGAAAAAGUUGAAUCUUUUCGAUCUGGGUUUCACUUAAUUAUUGAGAUUUUGAGGAAAACAUUAGAUUUUUCGAUCUGGGUUUUGUUUGAUUAUUCAUUUUCUGAAAAAAAAAGAAAAAAGAAAAAAGAUUGGAUUUUUUUCAUCUCUCUGUUUUGGAGGUGCGAUCUCUGUAUUGGAGGGUUGAGAAUGAAAGGGAAGCUUGGAUUUUUCAUUUGGGUUUUGUUUCUUUGGGGGCCUUGUUAUGGUAGAUUUGUGGUGGAGAAGAACAGCUUGCAUGUGACUUCUCCAGACUCAUUGAAAGGCAACCAUGAGUGUGCGAUCGGGAAUUUUGGGAUCCCACAGUAUGGCGGGACGAUGGUGGGGACCAUCAUCUACCCAAAGGCCAAUCAGAAGGGGUGCACCGGUUUCGAUCAGUUCGAUAUCUCUUUUAAAUCGAAGCCCGGCGGGCGGCCCACCUUCGUUCUUGCCGAUCGAGGAGACUGUUACUUCACGUUGAAGGCAUGGAAUGCGCAAACUGCCGGAGCAGCUGCUAUCCUUGUUGCAGACGACAAGAUGGAACCGUUAAUCACGAUGGACACCCCUGAAGAAGAGAACGCCAAUGCAGAUUAUCUCCAAAACAUCACUAUCCCCUCCGCUCUUAUCAGCAAAACCUUAGGCGACAACAUUAAGAAAGCUCUAUCCAACAGCGAGAUGGUCACCAUCAAUUUGGACUGGAGGGAAUCGCUGCCCCACCCCGACGAGCGGGUCGAGUAUGAGUUCUGGACGAACAGCAACGAUGAGUGCGGGCCAAAGUGUGAUAGCCAGAUGGCGUUUGUUGAGAAUUUCAAGGGUCCAGCCCAGAUACUCGAGAAGAAGGGGUACACCCAAUUCACCCCGCAUUACAUCACGUGGUACUGCCCUGAAGCUUUUGUCUUGAGCAAGCAGUGCAAGUCGCAGUGCAUCAACCAUGGGCGGUAUUGUGCGCCCGACCCCGAACAGGAUUUCACCCGAGGGUACGACGGGAAGGAUGUCGUGAUUCAGAACUUGCGGCAGGUUUGCUUGUUUAAAGUUGCUAAUGAGUCCGGCAAGCCUUGGCUAUGGUGGGAUUACGUCACAGACUUUGCGAUUAGAUGCCCGAUGAAACAUCAGAAAUAUACGGACGAGUGCGCGAACAAUGUCAUUCAAUCUUUGGGUGUUGAUCUCAGCGCGAUAAAUAAAUGCAUAGGAGAUCCUAAUGCAAAUGAAGAGAAUCCGGUGCUUAAAGCAGAACAGGAUGCACAGAUUGGCAAAGGCUCUCGAGGAGAUGUGACGAUACUGCCAACUCUCGUAAUCAACAACCGACAAUAUAGAGGUAAGUUGGACAAAGGCGCUGUCCUCAAAGCCAUCUGUGCGGGUUUCCAAGAGACCACUGAGCCAGCCGUUUGUUUGAGCGAAGAUUUAGAGACAAAUGAAUGCUUGGAAAAUAAUGGUGGAUGCUGGCUUGAUAAGGCUGUUAAUAUUACUGCUUGCAAGGACACUUUCCGGGGACGGGUGUGUGAAUGCCCUGUUGUUGACGGAGUGAAAUUUGUGGGUGAUGGGUAUAGUCAUUGUGAAGUUUCCGGAGCUGGACGCUGUGAAAUCAACAACGGGGGCUGUUGGAAGAAAACCCAAGAUGGCAGGACUUUCUCUGCCUGCAUUGAAGAUCAUGCCAAUCGUUGCGUAUGUCCAGAAGGAUUCAAGGGUGACGGGGUCAAAGAAUGUGAAGACAUAGAUGAGUGCAAGGAAAAGACUGCCUGCCAAUGCCCAGAGUGCAAAUGCAAGAACUUGUGGGGAAGUUAUGAAUGCAGCUGUGGCGGUGAUCUUUUGUACAUGAGAGAACACGAUACAUGCAUAAGCAAGAAAUCUACGUCGGAGGUCGGCUGGAGCGUUGUGUGGAUCAUUUUCUUAGGCUUGGCUGCAGCUGGAGUUGGAGGCUAUGCCUUGUACAAGUACAGAAUCAGGCGAUACAUGGAUUCUGAGAUCCGGGCUAUCAUGGCGCAAUACAUGCCGCUGGAUAAUCAAGGAGAACCCCCAAAUCACAUCCAGCAUGGAACAGACAUCUAAGUGGACGUACAGACUGUCAUCAUCGAGAUUCCCAUGAUAUUUUAUAAUGGGUCAUGUUUCUUUGAGGUUGGGUGUCGACGCCCCACUAUGUGCACGUCGGAUAGUUUGUUGGUGGUAAUCAUGUAAAUCUAUUUGAAGCUUAUUACAUGCACUCUGCACUUACAUGAGAGGAUUUGUUCCUUGUCACGGUUUUAGAGCUAUACUUGGAUAAAUUUCUUAUGACAGAAGCUGAUACCCAUACCAAGUGAGAAUCUUAGCCCUACAUCAUUGAGCUUAUUCUGAUUGAAUGGAACUAUAAGCUAAAACCCAUCUAUUUUUAGGCA